AUGUUUUUGAAAGCGCUAAAGGGAAUUGGAAGGGGCAAGACAAACAAGAACUUAAUUAAGCCAUUCAGGGCUUCUUUCUCAAAGCCGGAGGCUACUCAAGACUCUGUUAAGGAAAAAGUCAAAAACAUUCCAAAUAUUGUGGAAUUUCUCAAUAAAACUAGGAGGGUUGCCCCAGAGACACCUGCAGAUUACACAGCAGGAGACCGGAAGAAGUAUCUCAUAGAGACCUAUGGCUGUCAGAUGAAUGUAGCUGAUACAGAAGUUGUUCAAGCUAUCCUCGAGAAAGCAGGAUAUGAACCUAUUGACACCUCUCCUGCAUUGGACCACAAUGAAGUUAAAGCUAGAAAAGAAGCAGCUGACCUAAUCUUCGUAAAUACUUGUUCAAUCAGAGAGAAAGCUGAGACCAAAAUCUGGAACAAGAUCAAGUCAGAGUACAAAGGACUUAAGAAAAGAGACCCCGAUAAGAUUAUUGGUAUCCUUGGGUGUAUGGCAGAGAGACUCAAAGAAAAACUUGUUGAUAAUAAGAUCGUUGAUAUUGUAGCAGGCCCCGAUGCUUACAGAGAUAUCCCAAGACUUGUUGACCUAAUUCGUGGCUCCCAAGAUGUUGAAGACAAACCAAAGGCUAUUAAUGUCCAACUCUCUGUUGAUGAGACAUAUGCAGACAUCAUUCCAGUCAGGACAGAGCAAAAUGGGCUCCAUGCUUGGGUCUCCAUCAUGAGAGGCUGCAACAAUAUGUGAUCAUUCUGUAUAGUUCCAUUCACUAGAGGAAGAGAAAGAAGUAGACCUAUCGAAUCGAUUGUCAAUGAAGUAGAGCUACUCAGAGACCAGGGAUAUAAAGAUAUCACUCUUCUUGGUCAAAAUGUCAAUAGUUAUCACGACAGGAUGUCUCAAGAUAUCACCUCUUCGCAUCAAAACUCUGAAGGGUUUAAUGAAUUAUUCAAAACUAGAGGAGGAGAAGGCGCAAGAUUCGCUGAUUUAUUAGAUAAAGUAUCUGCAAUUGCUCCUGAGGUGAGAUUUAGAUUUACCUCUCCUCACCCAAAGGAUUUCCCAGAUCCUGUUCUAGAGAUAAUAGCUGAAAGGCCAAACCUGUGAAACCAGAUCCACUUGCCUGCUCAAAGUGGGAAUACUGACAUGUUAUUCAGAAUGAGGAGGAACCAUACUAGAGAGGCUUACUUAGAACUUGUUGAUAAUAUCAGAGCUAAGAUCCCGAAUAUUGCUCUUUCAAGUGACUUCAUUGCUGGAUUCUGUGAUGAAACCGAUGAAGAAUUUGCUGAUACACUUUCAUUGCUUGAAAUAGUGAAAUAUGACCUUGCAUACCUGUUUGCAUAUUCUCUUAGAGAGAGAACUCAUGCUCACAGGAGAAUGGAAGAUAAUGUUCCAGAAGAUGUCAAGCAAGAAAGACUCAGAGCAAUGAUUGAUGUAUUCAAAAAGAACCAGCUACUUAAGCAAAUGGAUGAAGUAGGAAAAUACCACCUAAUGCUUAUCGACGGGGUUAGUAAGAGAAGUGAUACCCAAUUCACAGGUUUAACUGAUACCAACAAAAGAGUUGUGAUUGAUAACAGCCUUAAGGUCCAUGAAUCCUGGAAAGACUAUACUUCUUCAGCAGGAAGUUCUUUAGAUCUUACAUCCCCUUCAGUUGGAGAUUUCGUCAAGGUAAAGAUCGAGGAUGCAAGCCAGAACACCUUGUUUGGCACUCCCAUCUGUAAAUCAAGCAUCAGUGAUUUUGAAGUGUCUAUGAAGGACUGCUUAUAA